AUGGCCGGUUCCGGAGGCGUUUCCGCCGUCAGACCUCACGCGGCUGUCGCGGAGCCUUUCCCCAAUGGAGCGCUCCGAAACAAGGCUUCAGUUGUGCCUCCAAGAGCACUCGUGCCUCUGAACUCUUUCAGUGAGCCAAAGAUGUUUCUCUCGGGCCCUCAAGGAGUGUUUCCCAGACCUCCUCCCGCUCGCCGUGCCGGAGCCCAGGAGAGCCCCACGCCGGGCCCUGCGGAGGUGCCGAGCCGAGUCCGGCUGACAGGAGAGCUUCUGCAGAGCAAGAUCCUGAAACAGCAGAGCGACAUGACCUUCAGACCGCCGCUGCCGGCCCACAGGAGCGUCUCCGAGGUCGUGCCGCUGAGGAAGCCGCUUCCCAGUGUCGGCCCGCGACCCGCCAAACCCAAGCGGCCUCCGUCGGUAAACCUGGAUCACUUGCACAAAAAAGCCCCCGUUGUUCUUCCCAAAAGACCAAUAGAAUCACAAUGUUUGAAAGGACCAGCAAGACCCCCAAAUAAACCCAGCCAGUGGACAGCAGAAGCGUCUAUUGUGUCGCUUUAUGCGUGCAUCUUACAGUGCAAUCUUUCAUCCUGGAAGUAUGUGGGUUCUCAUGUUGUGUGGAUCAGAGAUGAGCAGGAGACGUAUGAUGACAUCAGCGCACUCCCACCUCCCCCUCCCCCGCCUCCCAAGCCGAGAGACUCGUGGACUGACAGUUACCCUUCUCAGCACGAGGACAGCGAUCAAGAUAUCUAUGAAGACCCAGACAUACCCGUUCCUGCUGAGAGGAGAGUCUCAAAAGAAAACAAAAAGGUAGAGCUGGACAAGAAAGAACUGAAGGAAAAGCAGAAGCGGGAAAACGAGUAUAGAAAGAAAUUUAAGCUGACUGGACCCAUCGAGGCGAUACACACGGCCCGUGUGCGAGAGGACUGGCAGGGGGGGAAGAAUGACCUGACGGUGCGCCAGGGGGAGAACGUGGAGAUCAUCCGCGUCAACAACAACCCUGAGGGGAAAUGGCUGGCGCGAAACCUGAGGGGCAGCUUUGGCUACAUCAGUAACUCGUGUGUGGAUGUGGAUUAUGAGGAAGUGAAGCGUAAGAUCCGUGGUCACGCCGGCGUGGGCCCGGACUGCUAUGAUGACAUCGGCGCCAGCGACCCACUGGACAGCAGUUUUCACAGUGAUGAUGUUUAUGAUGAUGUGGACCAAGAGUUUCCUCCUCCUCCCCCAGAGAUCAGCCAUGAUCCGAAAAUGGCCAAGCUGCAGGAGAAAGAGUUUAGAAAGAAAUUCAAGUUUGAAGGGCCCAUCCGAGUUCUGUACAGCAUGAUGGUGGACCCUAAUGCCAGUCUGAAGAAGGUGGGGAGCAAAGAGCUUGCGGUGAUGCGUGGAGAGGUUGUGGAGGUGCUCCAGGAGAGCAGCCGGAAGCGAGUCCUGUGCCGGAGCAGCGAGGGCAGAUGUGAGUCGGGACAUAUGUGCUAUCCAAGCUUUGCCUUCCUCCGUUCUCUUAAAACCAAGAGCACAGUGAUAUAA